GAGAGGUGGGAGCAACUGGGGCAGCGGCAGCACUGGCUUGGGGUAUUGAGUCCAGGCUGAGUUGGGGACAGGCUACUGCUCUUGGUCCCUGUGCCCACUGGGCCAGGCACCCUGCCUGGAGCCCCGGGCAGGGUGGACAGGGCGAGGUGCCACCUUAGUCUGGCUGGGGAGGCAGACGAUGAGGAGCGAUGGGGCAGGCAUGCGGCCACUCCAUCCUCUGCAGGAGCCAGCAGUACCCGGCAGCGAGACCGGCUGAGCCGCGGGGCCAGCAGGUCUUCCUCAAGCCGGACGAGCCGCCGCCGCCGCAGCCAUGCGCCGACAGCCUGCAGGAUGCUUUGCUGAGCCUGGGCUCUGUCAUCCACAUCGCGGGCUUCCGGCGGGCUCUCAAGGAGGCCCUCUCAGCCGUGCUCCCCAAAGUGGAGACUGUCUACACCUACCUGCUAGAUGGGGAGUCCCGGCUGGUGUGUGAAGACCCCCCCCACGAGCUGCCCCAGGAGGGGAAAGUCCGAGAGGCUGUGACCUCCCGGAAGCGGCUGGGCUGCAAUGGACUGGGCCCCUCAGACCUGCCGGGGAAGCCGUUGGCCAGGCUGGUGGCUCCACUGGCUCCUGAUACCCAAGUGCUGGUCAUGCCGCUGGUGGACAAGGAGGCUGGGGCUGUGGCAGCUGUCAUCUUGGUGCACUGUGGCCAGCUGAGUGACAGUGAAGAGUGGAGCCUGCAAGCCGUGGAGAAGCAUGCUCUGGUGGCCCUGCGAAGGGUGCAGGCUCUGCAGCCCCGUGGGCCUGGCGCGGCCUUGGAAGCAGUCCAGAACACCCCGGCGGGGGCGGCGGGAGACCAGAAGGGCGGUGUUGCGCACACCGACCAGGACCGAAAGAUCCUGCAGCUGUGCGGGGAACUCUACGACCUGGACGCCUCUUCCCUGCAGCUCAAAGUCCUCCAAUACCUGCAGCAGGAGACCCAUGCGUCCCGCUGCUGCCUCCUGCUGGUGUCUGAGGACAAUCUCCAGCUUUCCUGUAAGGUCAUUGGAGAUAAAGUGCUGGAGGAAGAAACCAGCUUUCCGUUGACGACAGGACGCCUGGGCCAGGUGGUGGAAGAUAAGAAGUCUAUCCAGCUGAAAGAUCUCACCUCUGAGGAUGUGCAACAGCUGCAAGGCAUGCUGGGCUGUGAGCUGCAGGCGAUGCUCUGUGUUCCUGUCAUCAGCCGGGCCACUGACCAGGUGGUGGCCUUGGCCUGCGCCUUCAACAAGCUUGGAGGAGACUUGUUCACGGACCAGGAUGAGCAUGUGAUCCAGCACUGCUUCCACUACACUAGCACGGUGCUCACCAGCACUCUGGCCUUCCAGAAAGAGCAAAAGCUCAAGUGUGAGUGCCAGGCCCUUCUCCAAGUGGCGAAGAACCUCUUCACUCACCUGGACGAUGUCUCUGUCCUGCUCCAAGAGAUCAUCACAGAGGCCAGAAACCUCAGCAAUGCUGAGAUCUGUUCCGUGUUCCUGCUGGAUCAGAAUGAGCUGGUGGCCAAGGUGUUCGACGGGGGCGUGGUGGAUGAUGAGAGCUACGAGAUCCGCAUCCCCGCUGACCAGGGCAUUGCGGGCCACGUGGCAACCACCGGCCAGAUCCUGAACAUCCCGGACGCGUACGCGCAUCCGCUUUUCUACCGCGGCGUGGAUGACAGCACCGGCUUCCGCACGCGCAACAUCCUCUGCUUCCCCAUCAAGAACGAGAACCAGGAGGUCAUCGGUGUGGCCGAGCUGGUGAACAAGAUUAAUGGACCAUGGUUCAGCAAGUUCGACGAGGACUUGGCGACAGCCUUCUCCAUCUACUGUGGCAUCAGCAUAGCCCAUUCCCUCCUAUACAAGAAAGUGAAUGAGGCCCAGUAUCGCAGCCACCUAGCCAACGAGAUGAUGAUGUACCACAUGAAGGUCUCUGAUGAUGAAUACACUAAACUUCUCCAUGACGGGAUCCAGCCCGUGGCUGCCAUUGACUCCAACUUUGCCAGUUUCACCUACACCCCUCGCUCUCUGCCUGAGGAUGACACUUCCAUGGCCAUCCUGAGCAUGCUGCAGGACAUGAAUUUCAUCAAUAACUACAAAAUUGACUGCCCAACUCUGGCCCGGUUCUGUUUGAUGGUGAAAAAGGGCUACCGGGAUCCCCCCUACCACAACUGGAUGCACGCCUUUUCUGUCUCCCACUUCUGCUACCUGCUCUACAAGAAUCUGGAGCUUACCAACUACCUCGAGGACAUCGAGAUCUUUGCCUUGUUUAUUUCCUGCAUGUGUCAUGACCUGGACCACAGAGGCACAAACAAUUCCUUCCAGGUGGCCUCGAAAUCUGUAUUGGCUGCACUCUACAGCUCCGAGGGCUCUGUCAUGGAGAGGCACCACUUCGCUCAGGCCAUUGCCAUCCUCAACACCCAUGGCUGCAACAUCUUCGACCACUUCUCCCGGAAGGACUAUCAGCGUAUGCUGGACCUGAUGCGGGACAUCAUCUUGGCCACUGACCUGGCCCACCACCUCCGCAUCUUCAAGGACCUCCAGAAGAUGGCCGAAGUGGGUUAUGACCGAACGAACAAGCAACACCAUAGCCUCCUCCUCUGCCUCCUUAUGACCUCCUGUGACCUCUCUGACCAGACCAAGGGCUGGAAGACUACAAGGAAGAUCGCAGAGCUGAUCUACAAAGAGUUCUUCUCCCAGGGAGACUUGGAGAAGGCCAUGGGCAACAGACCGAUGGAGAUGAUGGACCGGGAGAAGGCCUACAUCCCUGAGCUGCAGAUCAGCUUUAUGGAGCAUAUCGCAAUGCCCAUCUACAAGCUGCUGCAGGACCUGUUCCCCAAGGCGGCAGAGUUGUAUGAACGUGUGGCCUCUAACCGUGAGCACUGGACCAAGGUGUCCCACAAAUUCACCAUCCGCGGCCUCCCGAGCAACAACUCACUGGACUUCCUGGAUGAGGAGUAUGAGGUGCCUGAUCUGGAUGGCACUGGGGCCCCUGUCAAUGGCUGUUGCAGCCUUGAUGCUGAGUGAGCCCCCCUCCCCAGGACCCUGCCCUGCCCAGGCCUCCUCUGACAGCCCCCCACUGGCCUGGCCAAGUGCCCUGGGACCAAAGCCAUGGGUCCUAGGUUCUAGACCAGGACAGACCGUGUGACCCUGGGCAAGUACCAGCCUUUCCAGGCCUCAGCUUUCUUGUCUGUAAAAUGGAAGCAAGACUUCCAGCCUCACUGAGAUUUUGUCAUUUGUCCUCCGGGAGCACAGAGGUGACUGAUGAGCAGUGAGCCCUGCUCUGCGCCUCUGAGCACGUCUUGGCAGAUCUUCCCCAGCCUCCCUUCUCUGAGGCAGCCUAGAUGGCUGCCCCAUCAGAUCUAUGCCCUCUUCCCUCUCCAGGGUCCUCAUGCAGGGAGAAGGUGGGACAUGUGAAUGGGCAGAGAAUGGGUCUUAGAAACAGUUAUUAGCUCUGCUGGACAACUAGAAGUAGCUACAGGGCCACCAAAGGUGCCCCUUGGGGUUGCCACUCUAUUUAUGGUGGGCAUGGAGACCUGGGAGCUGCAGGGGCCCCACAAGAAAGCUGCCAGAGGGGCACCUCAGUGCUCUGCACAGAGGGGGCUCAGGGAGAAAGCAGGAUAGGAAUGGUGGGCAGGAAGGAUCCCAGGGCUGGAAGACAGGCUCCAGUUGAGUCAACAAUUCUUCCUCCUGGCCGUGUGACCCUGGGUAAGUGACUUCCCCUAUCUAGGUAAGACAGGAGAGUGGGACCAUCUGUUUUCUAGCACCCCUUUUAGAUCAGAGUCCCCAUGGCUCUGUGGAGUCCCAGGAGAAGCUGUGGAAUGUCCCUGCCACCCUAGGGCAAAGAGCCAGCCCUGAGUACUUCAGUGGCCCCCUGAGUGUCCCCCCCCCCAACUUAGCCCAAGCCCCUUCUCUAUUCCUGCAGCCAGAGAGGGCUGCCUCAGCCCUGACAGGGCUGACUGGUAGGGCUCCUAUCUUCUUCAAGGCCAUAUCUACCCAUGCCCUGGGGCUUGGGAAACCCCCAUAGGGCCGAGCCUCUUGGGUCAGCCCGGCUGCUGGCAUCUCCCUUCUCUGUUUUGUUCUGUAUGUGUUGUGGGGUGGGGGGAGGGGGGCCACCUGCCUUACCUAUUCUGAGUUGCCUUUAGAGAGAUGCGUUUUUCUAGGAUUCUGUGCAACUGUUGUAUAUGGUCCUGUGGGCUGACCGCUUUGUACAUGAGAAUAAAUCUAUUUCUUUCUACCAA